AUGUACGAAAUCCGUUUUGACCAGGCCAAAGAGGAUUAUGGUCUAGCCGACAAUGAGGUGUUUCUUGAUUUUCUUGAUUUAUCCCACACCCCUCGUCUUCAAUGUUUUUACCGCUGUUCAAUGGAUUGCCGUUGCUCGGCUUUCCAAAUGUUUAUGGAUACGGUCUGUCAACUACUGUCGUCAUCACGGGCUGAAGUGACGCUACAGCGCAUGCCUGGAUACACUUAUUAUGACAUCAUACCUUGGCAGGUAAUAAUUACGUUUUUCUGAUCGGUUUGGUGCCAACAAGAAAACAAGACUAUUCAGUUGCCAUUGGUUACACUGAACUUCAGGGCCAUUUUUAAGAAAUUGGGGGGGGGGGCGGGGGCGUGUACCUGAAUGGAACCGUACUAUAUAGUGAAGUUGGUGCUAAAAGUUUGGUGUGGUACGUGUCGCAUGUAUUACUGUAGUUGGGGGAUCUGGGGCAUUCUACCCCAGAAAAGUUUCGUAUUUUUCCAUCCCUUGGACUACAUUUCGUGCGCUUUCUGAAACAAAUUUUUGGAUAAUUACACAGCAUUACAUUAUACUGUACAUAGACUGAAUCUUCAGUUAAAUAUUUGCAUGGUAUGCAGGGGCGUAGGAACCUUCGAAAAGUUGGGGGGGGCAGGCUUCGAGGGGCACUUUUCGAAAAAAAGGGCAUCUCCAAUUUUUUUGUUGGCGACUUCCCCCACCCCCCCUCGUCGCCAAAAUUUCGGUCAGUGUACCAUUUUAGGGGUCCAAAAAAAUUUUCCGGACAUAUCCCAAAAAUAUUUUCAGGAUAAACAAAAUUUUUUUCGUAAAUACUAAAAAAUGUUUCAGGAAUACAAACAGAAUUUUCCGGAUAUAUGAUUUUUCCGCAAUUUUUAACAUUUUUCAGGAAAUAACGUACAUUGAAGUUUUCAAAAGUGCACCUUGGGCUAAAAAUACAAUUUUAAUGAAAAAUUUUCACGCACAAAAAGGGCACUUUGCUUCCAGAAAAAGGGCACUUGCCAAAACUUGGGGGGGGGGGGGCUUGGCCCCCCUGGUUCCUACGCCCCUGAUGGUAUGUUUAUGUAAAUAUCAAAACUUGGUUAGUAACUUGUACUUGUUUAGCCUUCCAAGUUCCAACAACUCGAAACUAUAGGGUCUGGGAUAUGCUAUCCACUGGGAAAUUUUUAAAAUCUAAGGUAUUUGCAACACAAUGUUUAAAAUAACGUUUAAUAAGUCGAUCUCUCUCUUGUAUCAAGUUUUUGGUAUUUUGGUUUAUCCAUGGAAUGUUAUAUUUAGUUCGAAUUCGUUUGGGUUUCAGCGGAGCGUGUUUGUCAAGAACCUCCAGAAAAAGAGAUUUCCAAAGAGACCACCUACGAUCAAUAUUUGAUUCCUGAUCGAUGUGGUCCCAUGGUUGAUUAUAAAGAUCAUCGUGAAAUCUAUUGCAAUUAAAAUGCUUAAAAUUGCGAAUUUCAAUACUCUUAUGGGAAUGAGGCCCCGUUUUAGGUUCGGCUCUCCUUACUACAUAUAUAAGAUUGUGGUCACUUAUGCCCAGUGGAAUUAACGACGUCCGCAGAAACAACAUACUCCGAAUUUGAAGUGAUACCAGUGGCGGAAAUCUGGAUGCGGCUGGGGGCGACCGCCCCCCCCCCCCCCACCUUCACGGAAAAUUGACGAAUUUUCGGAAAUUUUGACAUAAAAGAGGGCUAAAAACAGUCUUUUCGAGUGCAAAUAGGGGGGGGGGUACGUCGGAAAUUUGAAAGUUUUGUCGGAAAUUUAGGAGGCUUUGCCCCCCACCAGAAAAAGUGAAUUUCCGCCACUGGGUGAUACAAACGUCUAAUAAGGAUGCGGUUGUUUGAGUGAGACGCGUGGGUUGGGUAAUUAUUUGAGAAAGUUGAUACAUUUCCAUAAGUGAAGUUUGUCGCUUAGUAACAUCACUGGAGGAGUCCAACAUGUCACAAUCUAAAUCACCAAGUAGGUACAUUUCCUUUUGCUGAAAAUCCUAGGUGUGGAAAAAUACGACAUUUUCUGGGGUGGAGACACCCCUACGAUACGAGACGACACCAAAUCUUUUGUCGCCAACAACCACCUGUCAACUCUCCACAGUUAGUAUAGUAUAACCCCUUUCUGUAGACCCCCCCCCCAAUGUCGAAUUCUUAAAAAAGGCCCUUAUACAUCUUGUAAAAUAUCUUACUGGCAGCCAACAUCGAAACACCUCAUUUAUUUAUAAGAACAUUGUAGAGGUAAAUGAUGUCAUAGUUAUUUUUCUUAUUAAUUCCACAGGGAACAAGUUGUCAUAUAGAUUGUUGCAAGCAAAAUCCAUGUCUCCACGGAGGGCAUUGUGAACCUCCAACCGAUGCCGAUGAUCCCACGAUCCGUUUCCGAUGUUUCUGUCGUGAAGGUUACGGCGGCAAGCGAUGUCAGUAUCGAAUCAGUUGCCCGGGUUAUUUGGACAUUGUGACAUCUGGCGCAAACGGGAUUUACACGAUGGUAAACCUUAACACAAGAGAACCUUUUCAGGUACGAGACGUAAUUUUUCACAAAUGAGGAGUUUUCUUAGGGGGUUGGCUGUUAAGAUCCCCCCCGACAUAGGUAAAGAAUGUUCCCCUAAUAAGUGUUUUAAUAUCAAUAAAAUAAGUCACUAAGAGUAAAUCCAAUUUAUAAAUCCGGUGACAGAAAAGAGCGAGAUAAUUAUCGACUUAUUUCUACAAUCUUGAUAAUUGCAAAACUUUUUGGGAAACUUGUUUGUUCACAACUCAAUACGUUUUUAACCGAAAACAAUAUCCUGACCCCAUGCCAGUCUGGGUUUCGAGUAGGUCUUUCAGCUACAACGGCUCUUUUAAAUAACACAAUAAAUUACGUUUCAUAUGCUGACUUCAAAGACAAUUAUCACUUAUUUACUGAGACCGAGGGAAACAGUGUGUUUUGUGGACCCGAGACCGUCGAUGGUCGAGGGUCCAAAACAUCGACGGUUGAGGGUCCACAAAACACACUGCUUUCCCGAGGUCUCAGUAAAUAAGUGUUUUAUUAUAUAUCAAUAGUCAAAGAAACAACAAAUUAAAGAACAAAUGAACGUAAAUACAUAAAAUAUUUUAUUGUUAAAACGUUAUAUUAAACACUGGCUACACUGCAGUUACUUAAAGUGAAAGUUUUAAUUACGUACUAGGCAUGUCCAAAGGUCGCAUCUUCACGUGAUGGCGCACGUGAUUUUUUUGGUAUUCGCCGGUCGAUAACGUAUUAUCUCCCUCUCGCGCUGUUGCGAGGGAGACAGCCUAAUUUCGUCACUCUCACGUGAUAUGCUCUCAACCAAUAAAACACUAGAAAAAUGCGACUUUGACUAUUGAUAUAUAAUAAAUUGAGUUAAUUUCUUGAGUUAAUUUAUGAUACGGCGCUGAUUUCCAUUGUGUUUUGGUCAUAAAUUACGACAGCUUAUUGUAGAAUACUACCUGAGAUAAAUUUUCAGAUGAUUCAGACACAUGGAAUAGAUUUAUCCUAAAUGUCCAUACGUAUUUCUUCAUCAUAUUUUAUAGGUGUUCUGUAGAUUCGAUUAUGUGGGCUCAGUGUUAAUUUCAACGACACUAAUUCAAUCCUACGCGCUUCGAAACGUUUCCCAAAUCAGGCCUUUUACCCAAAACGCACCCAUCAACGAAAAUGAUGUGAAUUUCCAAGCUUGGCGGUUGUCCAAAGCAAACAUGGACUUUAUCGCAAGCUCAGCUACCUGGUGGAUAGCAACUUGCGAUUUCGAAAAAACUGGCUGGCGUGUAGAUACUGAUUACGUACAAGUAACACUCAAUAAUUUUAACAUACUGGAGGAUAACAAUGCUGUCUCGAAAUGCGUCAUGGUGAAAAAAAUGGUAAUCCGGGGUGAACAUUUGAUCCUGGCCUCAACCUGUUCUAAAUGUGAAAUACCAGUUACACAGACAGCUUCCUACCCAUUUCAUGUUAAUACUGAUAGAGCUUCAAUCGAUAGCUGUGGUGGCCCCAUACCUGCGGAGAUAGCUGAUUGUCACGAAGAUAGUUUUGGAUGGUAUCAAUGCGUGAAUACAAAUCACAGCUGUUCAGCUUCACCGGAGUCAACAACACAAAUUUGGUUAAAAUAA